UAAAUUCUUCUCUGGGGUGGGAAAAGGUUGUUUUCUGUUUUUGGUAACAGCUUUGAGUAUGACUGACAUGCAAUAAGUUGCACAUAUUUAAAGUGUGCAGUUUGAUGCGGUUUGACAUAUGUGUACAUCUGUGAGGCCAUCACCCGAGAUGAGAAAAUUCACAGGCUGCAAAUAAAAAUGAUCUCAAUACGGCCUCUGGAAGAACACCUGAUCUAGGCUGAGUUGAUCUAAGGAAAUAUAUGAGUAUCCUGUAAACGGUGAGGUCAGAUCUAAAGGUCGGCUCGGAGCUCGCUAUCUGACCAGCAGGGUCCCCUGGUCAGGUUCACUUCAUGGGUUAGUUUCGGGGCUACCCUGCCCAUGUCCGGAAAGCGGACCUACCUGGAGCCUAACCUUGACUGGCACACGCUUCCGCAUUCUCCAAAUCCGACUUCUACAUACACCUGUAUGGGACGGACCGAGUUUCUAGGUCCGCGAUCACACCAAAGAAGGAAGCUCGUCAGCGCCAGGAUUCCAAAAUCCCGCCUCUCAAGGCUUCUUGAGAUAUUUUGUCUCCCGGCAUGCACUGCGUCCGGCCCGGGUGUCCUCUGCCCGGAAGACGGAAGUGCAAAGACUUCCGGUUGGCGUGAUCCUGAGGCGUGUGUGUUGGUUUUUCAGGUAAAACAUGGCUAAAAGCUUACGGAGUAAGUGGAAAAGAAAGAUGCGUGCUGAAAAGAGAAAAAAGAAUGCCCCAAAGGAGCUCAGCAGGCUUAAAAGUAUUCUCAAACUAGAAGGUGAUGUUUUAAUGAAAGAUGUUCAAGAGAUAGCAACUGUGGUGGUACCCAAACGCAAACAUUGCCAAGAGAAAAUCCAAUUAUAAAAGAUGAACACUGAUGACAUGAAAAUGGAGACUGAUAUUAAGAGAAACAAAAAGACUCUUCUAGACCAGCAUGGACAGUACCCAAUAUGGAUGAACCAAAGGCAAAGAAAAAGGCUGAAGGCAAAGCGAGAGAAAGGAAAGGGGAAAAGCAAAGCAAAAGCAGUGAAAGUGGCAAAGGGUUUGGCCUGGUAGACUCUUAAAACCUUGGAAAAUGCCACACGGGAUAGAUGAUGGGUUAGAAUGUAUACACAUGUAUACUUUGAUUUCACCUGCCACCAAAUGAAAACUAUUUGUUUUCCUAUUUUAACUUGGCCUUUUUUCUGCAGUUCAAACCCAGCAUAACUCCUCAAGUUUGUUUUGGGAACUUAAAUAAAAUAUUUUCUUUGAUACAUCCAAGCUCUACUGAUACUUUAAUUGGAUGCUACCCAAUAUCCAGUUAUAAUCAGGCCUCAAAGUUCUGUCAGGUAUUAAUGUGGUUAGACGUUCUUACAAGUGGUAAUUAUAGUCAGUAGAGAUAAAACAGAUGAUGCACUGACAAAUUUUUGUGAACUUAGAUUUAAAGAAAGCUGUUGUAUAAUCAUACCAUUUAAAAAUACAACAUUAGGCCUGGGCACGGUGGCUCACACCUGUAAUCCCAGCACUUUGGGAGGCCGAGGCAGGCGGAUCACCAGGUCAGUUCAAGACCAGCCUGGCUAAUAUGGUGAAACCCCAUCUCUACUAAAAAUACAAAAUCAGUUGAGCAUGGUGGCGCACACCUGUAGUCCCAGCUACUCAGGAGGCUGAGGCAGGAGAAUCGCUUGAACCCAGGAGGUGGAGGUUGCAGUGAGCCGAGAUUGCCCCACUGCACUCCACCCUGGGCAACAGAGCAGGACUCUGUCUCAAAAAAAAAAAAAAAUACAUUAAUGGAUCUUAUAAAGUACUUGUGUGGAGCUUUGAUUCCACAGAAUAAAAGAUAUUUUGUGUGUA